GCGCGCAGUUGGGCCAGAAGCCGGUUGGAGGGUUUUUGGGGUUGUUGCUGUCGGAAGAUUCUUCAAACAACCAAUAUGACAAUCAAUAUAGAUGUUUCUCUUUCUUCAUAUGAUAAAGAUCAGGGAUCCAAACUUAUCCGAAAAGCUAAAGAGGUGCCAUUUGUCCCCAUUGGAAUGGCGGGGUUUGCAGCGAUUGUGGCAUAUGGACUGCACAAACUGAAGAGCAGGGGAAAUACGAAAAUGUCCCUUCACCUCAUCCACAUGCGUGUGGCAGCUCAAGGCUUUGUGGUAGGGGCAAUGACUCUUGGUAUGGGAUAUUCCAUGUAUCAGGAAUUCUGGACAAAACCUAAACCUUAGAAGAGAUGUUGGCUUGGCCUUGUUGGAGAUGCUUCCU